AUGAAUACUGCGUUGCGUCAGGCGGCUACGAAUGAAUUCGAAAAGAACUUGUUCAAGCUUAUGAACAAUGCUGUAUUUGGUAAAACGAUGGAGAACAUUAGGAAGCGAUCUGUUGUAAAAUUGGUAAGCAAAUGGAACGGGCGUUAUGGGGCUGAGGCACUUAUAGCAAAACCCGAGUUUAAGGCGGCCACUAUUUUCAACGAAAAUUUGGUCGCCAUUGAACUUAAUAAGACAGAGGUGUAUUUUAAUAAACCGAUAUACGUUGGCAUGUCGAUUUUGGAUCUUGCUAAAACCACCAUAUACGAUUUCCAUUAUGAGUACAUGUUGCCGGAAUUUGGUGAGGACUGCUCUGUCUUAUACACCGACACCGACAGUCUUAUAUACGAAAUUCGUAAUAAAGACAUAUACGAAGUGAUACAGCGUGACUGUCAUACACGUUUUGAUACCAGCGAUUAUCCGCAAGACAACAAGUACAACAUCCCACAGGUAAAUAAAAAAGUUUUAGGUAUGAUGAAAGACGAGUUUAACGGCGUACCAGUUGAAUUAUUUAUCGGUCUGAGAUCGAAAAUGUACGCCGUUAAACAGGCUGUAAAUAAUAGCAACGCGAUUAGAACAGAAAUCGGCUUGACGAAAAAGAUUAAAGGUAUUAAAAGGUCUGUUAUUAAACGGGUCAUUACGCUCGACGACUUCGUCGAAUGUGUUGACAAUUUUAAAACUAAAUACAUUUCUCAAAAUUUAAUAAGAUCCGAAAAACAUGCAGUUUUUUCCAUAACACAAGAUAAGAUCGCGUUAAAUCCCCACGACGAUAAAAGGUAUUUAAUUAAGGGAUCGUAUGAGACCUUUCCCUGGGGACAUUACUUCAUUAAGGACGACGGCGAUGAAUCCUUAGAAUAG